AUGGCACGCACGCAAGCACAACUCGAGAAGGAGGACAAGGAGCGCGACCUGGCCUUCAAGCAAGCCCUCCAUGGCAAGACCGGUGCUGAGAAGAACUCAAUCAUGGCCAUGAUGGGCAAAGACCAUGCUGCACAGAAGCUCGCCGUCGAUUCGUACUUCAAGCAUUGGGACAACAAGGCAAGCGUAGAAGAGACGGAGGAGAUUCGCAAGGCACGACGAGACGAGUAUGCCACCCUCACUCGUCACUACUACAACCUCGCAACCGACCUCUACGAGUACGGCUGGGCACAGAGCUUCCACUUCUGCCGUUUCAGCAAAGGCGAAGCAUUCAGACAGGCCCUUGCCCGACACGAGCACUACCUUGCCCUGAAGAUGAACCUGCAAGAGGGCAUGAAGGUUUUGGACGUUGGCUGCGGUGUCGGUGGUCCAGCAAGAGAGAUUGCCAAGUUCAGUGGUGUCAACAUUACCGGCCUCAACAACAAUGACUACCAGAUCGAGCGCGCGACAGCCUACGCACAAAAGGAGGGACUUUCGGACCAGCUCAACUAUGUGAAGGGCGACUUCAUGCAAAUGAGCUUCCCGGACAACAGCUUUGAUGCUGUCUACGCGAUUGAGGCCACUGUCCAUGCACCCAGCCUGGAGGGUAUCUACUCGGAGAUCUUCCGCGUGCUGAAGCCAGGCGGUGUCUUUGGUGUGUAUGAGUGGCUCAUGACCGACAAGUACAACAACGACGAUCCUCACCACCGCGAGAUUCGUCUUGGUAUUGAGCAGGGUGACGGUAUCUCCAACAUGGAGAAGAUUGACGUCGCAUUGGCUGCCAUGAAGGCUGCUGGAUUCGAGUUGGAGUUGAACGAGGACCUUGCGGACCGACCUGACGAGCUUCCAUGGUACUGGCCUCUUUCUGGUGAACUCAAGUACAUGCAGAGUAUCUGGGACUUCCCAACUCUUGCUCGUAUGACGCACAUCGGCCGUGGUCUUGCACACAGAUUCGUCGGCGCUCUUGAAUUGAUCGGACUUGCGCCAAAGGGUACCCAGAAGACUGCCGACUCUCUCGCUGUGGCUGCCGACUGCUUGGUUGCUGGAGGAAGGGAGAAGCUGUUCACCCCGAUGUACCUUAUGGUCGGAAGGAAACCAGCGAAGUAG